AUGUUUAGUGUUGAAGAAUUAGAAGGAAUAGAUGUGAUAAAGAGAGGUGAAGAAUUCAUAGAAGUUGAAUGUGGAUGUACUAAUAAUCGAUAUGGUGAUUCUGUCGGAAAGCUUAGAAUAUAUGGCAGCGGAAAACUUGAAAUAUCUUGCGAUUGUUACCCAGGCUGCAAUGGAGAAAAGAUAAGUCCAAGUGAAUUUGAGAAGCAUGCUGGACUAAAGGCACUGAGCAAUUGGAAGACUCAUGUAUGGGUAUUUGUUAAUGGAGACAAAGUGCCACUAAGAAAGACAAAGUUGCUCAAGUACUAUAAAGGAUCGGCCAGCGACCCUAGUGAGGGUGUUAGGCCUCGUCGUAGUCGGACGGUCCACCGCGAUGAGCUAAUCAGAUGUGUUGCUUGCGGCAAGGACCGGCGGUUUCUGCGGCGAAACAAAGCCGAAUGUAUGAUCUACCACCAGGCAACCAAAGCUAGUGAAACUUGGACAUGCUCUAAUUAUCCUCAUGAAAUCUUAAGGUGUGAGGAUGAUGAAGAAAGAGCCUCGAAGAAAAGGCUUAGGGGAUGUCCAAGAAGGUCAAUAUGUAAAGGUUGCACAUCAUGUGUAUGCUUUGGUUGCAAUAUGUGCCGCUUUGAAGACUGCGCAUGUCGUUCUUGCGUAGAUUUUAUUCAAAAUGCUGAACCGUGA